UUUUAUACUUUCCUUUCUACCGAAGUAUUCCCCCCCCCCCCCCGUACUUCUUUUGUGGCAUAAAAAGGGGGGAAUGGGGUUCAUUCGCAUGAUACCCCAUUCCUUGUCAUCAAUUCCCAUUCUUUCAUUUCAAAUAUUUCCUCUCUCUCUUUCUGAAGUGCUCUUCUUCUUCUUCUUGAUUUGGGUUUGUAUUGCAGAGAUGAGUGAUCCCAAAUAUGCAUAUCCUUACCCUGCUCAAGGUGCAGGUUAUUAUCAAGGCCCCCCAGUGAUGGCCCCACCUCAAUAUGCCCCACCUCAAUAUGCUCCUCCACCUCCACAACCCCCAAGGAGAGACACUGGUUUUCUUGAGGGAUGCCUUGCAGCUUUGUGUUGCUGUUGCCUGCUUGACGAGUGUUGCUGCGACCCCUCUGUAUUUUGUGUGUUCUAGACUUCUCAACAAAAUUGUAAUGCCAAAAACUUGUGUUAUUUUUCCAUUAUGUAUUACCAUAUUGGUGGUUGUGACGCGGGAAAUAAUUCAGUCGAUUUAUCAGUUGUAUCUUUUUUAAUUCAAAAUGCCUAGAAACACGGUUUUACAAUACAAUCGUGACCUAUUUGUUCG